AGUGUAUAUAUUAUUAAGAGAUCGUUUACUUGAAAAAUGUGCUGCAAAUACAUGUCAUUUGUCUGCAUUGAAAACUAAUUGAAAUGAAAAACAAAAAAAAGAAAAUCCAAGAAAUGGUGAUUGAAAUAUUUUCGGCAUGGGACUUAAACUAACAUUGAAUUUAUUAAAAAUCUAUAUCAACUCCUGUGUUUUAGGCCACAAUGCCAAUGUCAGUAUUUUUACAUUUAGUGUCACUGCUUCUAUAAACAAGCAGACAUAUAAAUAUUAAAGAAUUCAUCGUUUCCCCCUCUAAAUAUGGCACUUCUGAGAGCAUUUUAUAAUGUCAUGUUAUUAUAUAAUGUUAACUGAAUAAAUUAAAUGUGGAAAAACACAGUUAAUCUAAACUAUUUAGAGAGCGUGUUCCUGGUGUAUGGCCUGUAUAGAGAGAUACUGUGUCAGAGGACCCACAGAGUACAUCUAAACUCCCAGCUGAUUGUGCCUUAACAUGCAUUUUUAAACAGUUGAGUCAAUAUUUUUUAAAGUUAUUAAAAAAUAUUGAUCUUCAGAAAUGUGAAAAUAUGUUAGUUCAAUCUGAAACAUACCUACAGAACUGUGACAAGGAGAGUGCUUAUAAUUGGUACGUGUUCAUACAUUUUUUGAAGCCUAUAUCAAGAGGGGUGGGGUCAGCAAGAUCCAAGAUAAGCUUUAACAAUGUUAAACCUAAAUAAAUAAUUAUGUUGUACUAAUAUUUCAGCUGUCUUUGCAGUUUAAUGUCAUCGCCCUUUAACACCGCCGCUUAAGCAUUACACACUUUUACUCUGCUGCUGUAAAAGUCUUUGUUAUCUUGUGACUUUGUGUCACACUGUUUUGCAAGACAGCAACGCAGACCGGUACUUUGCUCUUGUGUCCUCACUGAGGCCUCCCAGUGACAUCAAGUUACAUCAUGUUACAAGCUAAACUCAAGUCUAGAACUGAAAGAAAGUAAGAAUGUAAUAAUAAAAAAAGAGGAUGAUGCUGAUUAAGUUGCUCAUUCUGGAAAGUGAAAUCUGUGAGCACUGUAGUUUAAAUGUCUCACCUAGCAGUAAAUUGCUAAAAGUGCACAGUCAGAGGUCAACAGAGGUCAUUACAUAAAGUCUUGUUUCCUAUUGAUUUCUUUCUCUCUCUCUCUCUCUCUCUCUCUGUCUGUUUAUUUGCUCUAGUAGUGACAGAUUUGCAAAUAGAGUUAAAGUUAACAAGGAUGCGGGGUGACUGACACAUGUUUCCAAUGAUUGGGAGCACACAGUCCGUCGUUACUGUGUCAUUCUGUUCAAACACACAACAGAGGCAACAUGAGGCUGUGGGCCGCCGUGCUGCUGCUCGCUCUGAUCACACACACUUUGGCUGCUGAUGAGUCCUGUAUGAAUCGCUGUGAGAAUGGCUUUGACUCUCUGAGGACGUGCCAGUGUGACUCCAUGUGCAAGUACUACAAGAGCUGCUGCUCCGACUUUGAGGUCACCUGUGGCAUGACAACUCGUGGAGACACUUUUGAGUUAGCAGAGGACGAUGAUGAUGAAAGCCCCACUCAAGCCCCUGAACUGCCUUUACCAGGCCAGUCUUUCACCUCCCGCAGCCGUCAGCAGGAGCCCACACGACGACCCGUGUCAGACUUCAGACCACAGCAGCGUCCAGAAACCACACCAGAAAUGACCAGACCCCCUCGACUGAUGUAUGCCAUUCUUCCAAGAAGCCCCGUCAUACAAAUUCCGCUCAUUUCACAACUGAUCCCAACCACACAGGAAUCCCCCAACACUCCUCAACCCACUGAGACUGAAACAGCAGCUGAGACAACCACUGUUCCUGUGACAACGGCCACCACUGAGGCCCCUGACCCAGACGCAAAAGUCUGCAGUGAGCGGCCUUUUGACUCCUUCAUGCAGCUAAAGAAUGGCUCCAUUUAUGCCUUCAGAGGGGACUACUUUUUCGAGUUGGACCAGAAGUCGGUUCUUCCUGGUUAUCCAAAGCUCAUAAAGGACGUGUGGGGGAUCAGUGGGCCCAUUGAUGCUGCCUUCACCCGGGUCAACUGUCAAGGGAAGACUUAUAUCUUCAAGGGGAACAAGUACUGGAGGUUUGAUGACGGUGUGCUGGAUGACGACUACCCUCGAGAUAUCAGUGUGGGCUUUGAUAAGAUUCCUGAUCAUGUGGAUGCAGCGUUUGCUCUGCCUGCUCCUGGUCACAAUGGGAAAGAGAGGGUGUAUUUUUUCAAAGGGGAUCAGUAUCACAUGUACGAGUUUCUGCACCAGCCAUCUCAUGAGGAGUGCGUCUCCAUGUCUGAGAGGUCUCCCUCCACUCUGUUCAGACAUUACACUGAUGUUUACUACAACAACUAUGAGCACUUCUUCAGUGAGCUUUUCUCUGACUUGCCUCAGCAUCACGACAAACACCAUUUCAUCGACAAGGACUGGAAGGGCCUCAAGUCUCCUCUGGAUGCUGCCAUGGCGGGCAGAAUUUACGUCACACCACCAAGAUCCCGCAACGACUACUUGCCUGAUCAGCAGUGGAAUCAACAGCAAGGCCAGCAGUGGAACCGGCAGUACCAGCAGUACGGGCAGCAGUGGGACCAGCAGUACGGGCAGCAGUGGGGUCGAAGGAGGCAGAGCCGUUCUCCCUUCUGGGGUACCAUGGCAGAGCGGGGGAUGAACAUGGGCCAGGAGUUUGCAGAACGGGGGAUGGAAAUGGGUCUGAGGUUGGCAGAGAGGAGGAUGGAGAUGGAAGAGAGGCUCGGCAGGGACUGGGACAGGCAAGACCGGGACCAGGACAGACGGAGGGACAGUAACAGACAGAACAACAGAGGAGACAAGUCUGUCUUGCAGGUGGUCCGUCUGCCCAUACAGAGCGUCUACUUCUUUAAAGGAGAUAAAUACUACAGAGUGGACCUGAAGACCAAGAGAGUCGACCCCGCCAUGCCUCCAUACCCCAGGUCCAUCGCCAAGUACUGGCUUGGCUGCUCAGGCACCACAGGGGCAGAGAAGUAGUCUAAGAUCUUUUCAGUCUUUGCACAAGAUGUAUUAGAAAUGGGAAAAGUGUGUCACACAUGUUCAGUGUAAUAAACAACUAGUUGAUCUUUAGCUUCAGUAAAUAUUGGAGAUCAGUGGUCAAAGUCCAGCUGGUUGAUUUUCUGAACUGCGUUGUGAACAUCAGCUGACCUGCUUAUUAAACACAACUUCACUGAAAAUAGUCUUGAUUGUGUAUUUUAGUAAAUAUGUUAACACUCAUACUACUACUAUACUUUACUAGUACUUUACUAUAUUACUUUAUGCUAUAGCACCGUUUACAGUGUUUUACUACACUUCAUUUAUAUAACAACUUUGGACACUGUUAGUUUGCAGAAUACUUUCAUAAAUACAGAUAAUCAACUUACAAAGCACAGUACAACUUCUAACUAAUCCGUUUAUAAAGUAGUUAAAGUUCUCUCCACCUCAACCUGCUGUGAUUUAAAAACGCUGCUUACAUCGGAAGAAAGACUUAAACAAUGUGAUUCAAAUGAGUGUUUAUCUUUUACAAAAGUGUCACUUUGCCCAUUGUGUUUAUACUUUUAUGAUGUUCAGUUCAUUUGCUGUUUAAACUUUAGUAUUUUGGGGCACUGAUAGCCUAGCGGGUAUGUUGUGCGCCUCAUGUACAGAGGCUAUAGUCCUCGUCACAGAAGCCGUGGGUUCAAAUCCGACCUUGGCCCUUUGCUGCGUGUCAUCCCCCACUCUCUCACCUUCCACUAUUUCCUGUCUCUCUUUAGCUGCCUCAUCUAAUAAAGGCAAAAAGGCAAGAAAAAUAACUUUGAAUACAGGAAAUGUAUUCCUUUAAAGAGUAUUUUUGCAGAUUGGUAUUGUUACUUAUAUUAAAUAUAAAUAUAUGUACUUCUUCCACCACAGCACUGUGUACUCUACAGUUCAGGGAGGUGUAUCUAUAAACUAGAACAUGUUUAUUUGCUUUAUCAGUGGUAAACAUAGAUACAGUUAACAGUGAGAAAAAUGAACAUUCAUAACAUGAUACAGGUAUUAUACGAUAAAGGGACAUACGAUUUUAGUGUAAAGUUGUACAGUUGUCCCCUUGAAUGUAAAGACAUAUCUGUAGUUGUAUUAAAUGGUGGGUGUUUUGUGUCAACAGCAAAGGUCAGGACGUAGAUGUGGAAACAUUUUUUAACACUUUAUGAUAUCUUCUGCCUGGUAUAAGAGGGCAAAAACGUCUACUACGAUACACUGUUAAUGGAAUUAUAUUGUAUUUUACAAGCUUUAAACGUAUCUUAAGGAUGUAUCGUGUACUCAUUGUGUAAACACAGUCUGUGGCUGUGUGUUUUUCAUCCAUGACCAAUAAAAACAUGACGUCAGCAGCUGA